ACUUCUUUUAUCCUUUUUAAUCCAAAGUGCCGUGACCUUACCUUUGUAUCGCAUACGUAUUAACAAAUGUGGUUUAGGGAUCAGAAGGAGAAAGGAAUGAUGUCCCGGGCACCUGGUAUUAUGGAAUGGAAAGAAAAAAGAUGAUAUGUAAAAGAAUCGUCAGUUUCCAACCUCGGAAUCAUGCCGAGAAAUUUAGCACGUUAACAACAGCAACAAGUUGAAUUUCGCUGACGAAUCGGGAAUUCAGGUAAAUUUGAAACUUCUUUAGGAAUUUGGGAGUAGUGAAAAGAAAACUGAGAUAAGGUCACUUUUUUUUUUUUUUAUAUUUUGUGCAUCAAAACUUUUAAUUGAUUGUGAAAAUAAAAAACUUUAAAUUGAUUCCAACAAUUUUUUUGAGUAUCCAUUUAAGGAGAACAUAAAGUUUUGGAGAUUAACUACAUGAAAGGAAAAUUUGUGAAACUAAAUCUUGUAUCUUUCUCUUCCCAAGAAAACGAUUGCUUGCUUUAGUCCGCUGGCUAGAACUGCUAACAGUCUUGUUUCAAAUCCGGUAGCACUUGGUUCUGAUCCAUGUCAAACUCAGAGAAUUGUGGUCACUAGGGACAACCAUUGUUGGAGAAGACUGUUUCUGAUGCAAAAACUACUGAGGUUGUUGUUGUUUGUGUUGGAGCUGCUGAUGCUGAAAAUCUGAGGAUGAGGAUGCCCCAGUCGUUGUUGCAACUCUUCUGAGAUCAAACUCAUUAACUUUUGACGCAAGUAUUGAAGUAAAGCUAAUUGUUUUCGCAUAAGUGUUUGGUGUUGCCUCUACCGUAGAAGACGGUGUGAGGGGAAUUUUGACUUGAAAUUCUAGAUAUUUGUUUCAACCAAUGAGGUUGUGACUAAGUAUUCUAAAUCAUAACUGAUUUUCGAUUCUGGAUCAACCAAGGUAAUAGAGCGUUCACACUUGAUAUCCUUCUAUAAUAAACUACAACACUAAAGUGAGCAGAAAAGAACAAAUUACCACAACUAGAGAAGGUGACAUGGACUACCGCUAAGACAUUAAAUUCAACAAGAUUAAUUGUAAUCUGUUCAAUAGGAGAAAGCAAAAUUGAACAAGUUAACGUUAAUCACAUAAUAAGACAUCCUUAAAUGACUCAAUUUCAACCCACAUGCAAAAGUAUGCGGACAAAACUUAUGGGUACAAAUGUAAAUAUCUUAAUUCUUAACUGGUUAAUGAUUUACACAAUAAGAUAAUUGAGUAAUACCCCCUCAGCAUCUAUAAGCCGUUAACUACAAAAUUUUAAUUAUUUCACCGACUAUAAAUCCAAAAUAAGCUAAUUUUGCGGUUGGAGUAUCGGCAACAAUUUGGUUUUGAGUAGCAGCUAGUGGUUGGUUGGUGGUUUCGAUUAUAAAGGUGGUUAAUGGUGGAGACUGUUAGUUGUGGACAAAAGAGCUGUUAGAAUUAUUCACAUAAAAAUAUCUCUCGAGAUCUUAAUGAUAAAAACCUAUUAAACCAAAUAAGUUCUUAAAACUUAAUGUAAACAAAUGCAUUUAUUGGCCUAAGACAAUUCAAAUUCGGACCUCCAUCAAAUACAAACAAAUGAACCCUUAAACUUGCUUUGUAUGGAGGAUGAUGGUCAUUGUUGGUCAUCCAUGGAAAAUAAAGGCGUGUGGGAAAAAUAAUAUCAGCUGAAGGACAUUAUAGUUGUUGCCUUUAGGUCCGUGGGGUUUUCUUGUUAAUUCUCCGCACUUAGCUAAAUUUGGCCGUAGAUUUUGAAGUUGAAACUUGAAAGUUUGAGUUUUUAAAGUUGUGAUUUUUGGAACUUGAAUUGUGUUUUGAUAUGCAUUUUACUUGGAAAAAAAUUGAAAUUCUUUGAGUGGAAGUGAAUUUUUUGCCAAAAACUGGUUGUGAACUUGAAAAUAUUUGAUGGUUAUAUUUUUACUAUAUGGUCAAAAUUCAUGGUUAAACGGAUUUGAAGAUAAAUUUUCAAAAUCUAAUCCAAAAGUUGUGGUCAACGCUAGCUUAGCAUCAUGGCUACGUCAUUCUAUUCGUUGAAAUGAGCUCCUGAACAAAAAUGUCGGUGUGUGGUUGUGAUUAAAGUUUUCUCCGCAUACUUUUGCAUGUGGGUUGACAUUGAGUCAUUUAAGGCUUGUCUUAUUAUGUGAUUAACGUUAAUUUGUUCAAUUUUGCUUUCUCCUAUUGAACAGAUUACAAAUAAUCUUGUUGAAUUUAAUGUCUUAGUGGUACUAGUCCAUGCCACCUUCUCUAUUCUGUUGUGGUAAUUUGUUCUUUUCUGCUCACUUUAGUGUUGUAGUUUACUAUAGAAGUAUAUCAAGUGUGAACCCUCUGUUACCUUGGUUGAUCCGGAAUGGAAAAUCUACUAUGAUUCAAAAUAUUUAGUCACAACCUCAGUAAAUGAAGCAAACAGCUACAAUUUCUUGUCAAAAUUUUCCUCUUACCGUCUUCUACAAUAGAGGCAACACCAAACGCUUAUGCAAAAAUAAUUACCUUUACUAUAAUACUUGCGUCAAGAAUCAAUGAGUUUGAUCCCAGAAGAGUUAUCCCAAACUACACAGCAACAACAACAACAAUAUCAACAAGAGUUAUCCUCGUCCUCAGAUGCAUCAAGCAUCAGCAGCUUCAAGAGCAACAACAUCAGCAAUUUUUGCAUCAGAAACAGUCUCCUCCAACAAUGGUUGUCCCUAGUGGCCACAAUUCUCUGAGUUUGACUUGACCAGAACCAGGUGCCAGUGGAUUUGGAAAGCGACUCCUCGGAGUAGUUCAUAGCAAUCAGUUUCUUGGGAAGAGAAAGAAAUAGGAUUUAGUUUCACAGGUUCUCCUUUCACCUUGUUAAUCUCCGAAAUAUUUUGUUCUCCUUGGUGGCUACUCAAGAAAAUCGUUGGAAUCAAUUUUAAGUUUUUUAUUUUUACGAUUAGUUAAAAGUUUUGAUGCACUAAGUAUUGGAAAAGUGAUUUUUCCUCAGUUGUAUUUUUCAUUACCCCCAAACUCCUAAACAAGCUUCAAAUUCACUUCAAAUCACGGCAUAGAGUUGUCUGCAGUACUUUGCUCCGGAAGUUGAAUUUGACUAAACUGUACCACAACAAAAAGCUUUCCACAUAUUAUGAUAAUGCUUCAGGUAGAUCCGAAGGGAGAAGUUGAUCCUGAGGUUGAAGAGUUUCCUUGUGAGAUUGCUGAUGGCUUUAUUGAUUCGACAGUGUGGGCAGCGUGGAUUUGACUUCCUUAGGCCAUUUAGUGUAUUUAUUCUCAUAAUUGAGAUGACGUUGUGCCCUCCAAAGAAGUUGCCAGGCUUUGUUUUACAACUUAAUCAGGUUGUGAAUUUGACUUGUGAUUGAAGCCAUCAAACUGAAGAAAAUUCGUUGAUGUUUUCUUCAUUUGGGAAUUUCCUAUCGCAGGAGGUAUUUUUCCUUGAGAAGAGUCCUGUCAGUUCAUUAUGUCUUAUAAUCGGCUUGAAAUUUCUUCAAUCAUUGGCUUUUUUGCUUUCAGCUCGGGAUGCCUAAUGCUACCCAUUAUUUAGUGCUACAGGCUAAUUGCCGUAAAAUCUCCUUUUGGGUCUUCUUUUGUUGCAGGAGGUCAAGCAUUUUGCUAAGGCACCCCAUUUACCUUUGCUCCUUUUCUAGAUCUACUAAAGAAAAAUGUCGUUCUCACUGAAUUUUAUUUUCUUUCUUGUUGAUUCGGUGAUUACCAAUUUGAACUAGGUCUGACUCUCUUUGAAGACCAUUCAUUAUGAUUUGAAUGACGUUAGAUAUUCAAGAGAUUUGGUGUGAGUCCUCCCAAUGGAUGUGAAGCUUUCCGCUCCAACAGCAACAACAACAACCUCAGUAGUUUUUGCAUCAGAACCUGUUUUCUCCAACAAUGGCUCUCCCUCGUGGCCACAAUUCCUUGAGUUUUACUGAUUCAGAACCAGGUGCCACCGGAUCUGGAACGACUCCUGGGAGUAGUUCAAGCCAAGGAAUUGAAGCAAACAAUCGGUUUCUUGGCAAGAGAAAGAUACAAGAUUUAGUUUCACAGGUAGAUCCGAAGGGAAAAGUUGAUCCUGAAGUUGAAGAGCUUCUUUAUGAGAUUGCUGAUGACUUUAUUGAUUCGGUUACUACUUUUGCUUGCAAUUUGGCAAAGCAUCGGAAAUCUUCAACUCUGGAGGCCAAAGAUGUAUUGUUACAUUUAGAGAAAAAUUGGCAUUUGACUGUUCCAGGUUUUUCAAGUGAGGAUAAGAAAAACCAUGCAGAACAUAUGCCUACCAUGAUGGAGACGUCACCACAAGCUGAAACAAGUCAAAGCAGUAUCACUAAGGAGACCAUCAGUCCGGGGCUGGUUGACCAUGUUGGUUCGAAUGACUUAAUCGAACCACCAAGUUCAGAGGAAUUGGCUUCACCAUCUAAUGAUCAAUUAUAAUUCAACUUUAACAAGUUGUGAUGUCCCUGGAGAUCGGUGCACCCGUUGCUUUGCUGUAAUAAAAACUUGUUCAACUGCAAUUUGCUUGUUGACUGAAGAUGACAAACAUAGUCUGUUGUGAGUUUGCUUUAAACAUUAGUCUGUUGUGAAAUUUCAUGUCUGUUUGUGUUAUUAGCAUGAUUGUUCUGCCA